GUGAACAAUUUUCUGAUGACUGGUCCAAAGGCUUACUUGAUCUACUCCAGCAGUGUGGCAGCUGGUGCCCAGAGUGGUAUUGAAGAAUGCAAAUACCAGUUUGCCUGGGACCGCUGGAACUGCCCCGAGAGAGCCCUGCAGCUGUCCAGCCAUGGUGGGCUUCGCAGUGCUAAUCGGGAGACAGCAUUUGUACAUGCCAUCAGUUCUGCUGGGGUCAUGUACACCCUGACUAGAAACUGCAGCCUUGGGGAUUUUGACAACUGUGGCUGUGAUGACUCCAGAAAUGGACAACUCGGGGGGCAAGGCUGGCUGUGGGGAGGUUGUAGUGACAACGUAGGAUUCGGAGAGGCAAUUUCCAAGCAAUUCGUCGAUGCCCUGGAGACAGGACAGGAUGCCCGGGCAGCUAUGAACCUGCACAACAAUGAAGCCGGCCGCAAGGCAGUGAAGGGCACCAUGAAACGCACGUGUAAGUGCCACGGCGUGUCCGGCAGCUGCACCACUCAGACCUGCUGGCUGCAGCUGCCUGAGUUCCGCGAGGUGGGCGCGCACCUGAAAGAGAAGUACCACGCAGCACUCAAGGUGGACCUGCUGCAGGGUGCUGGCAACAGCGCGGCCGGCCGCGGCGCCAUUGCCGACACCUUCCGCUCCAUCUCCACCCGGGAGCUGGUGCACCUGGAGGACUCUCCGGACUACUGCCUGGAGAACAAAACGCUAGGGCUGCUGGGCACGGAAGGCCGAGAGUGCCUGCGGCGCGGGAGGGCCCUGGGCCGGUGGGAGCGCCGCAGCUGCCGCCGCCUCUGCGGGGACUGCGGGUUGGCGGUGGAGGAGCGCCGCGCGGAGACCGUGUCCAGCUGCAAUUGCAAGUUCCACUGGUGCUGCGCUGUACGCUGCGAGCAAUGCCGUCGGCGGGUCACCAAGUACUUUUGUAGCCGCGCGGACCGGCCGCGGGGGGGCACUGCGCACAAGCCCGGGAGAAAAUCCUAAGGGUCUCCUCUCCUUUCUUUCCCCAUUUGUCCUUGGCUUCUCUUAGGGAUUCCAGUAUUAGAGGAAUCUAGGGAAUGGGGACCAGCACUCCCAAGCCCAGGGAGCCUUAGAGGGAGAGGCUCUGCUUUGCCAUCUCUCAGGAGUUUACCACUUUCCAACCUGUUAUCCUCUGCACCCUCUUGCAGUUCUGUUCCCAAGCCCACAUUAAGUCUGGGCAGUCUCCUAAGAUUUUGAGCUAUUAAUCUUCCUUGGACUAGAUGAGAUAGGCGUUCCUUCCCCCCUUCCUAGCUGCCUUAACACCUAAACUGGCCUGUCAAGCCUUAGAAUUGGAAGAGCCUUCAUAGAUAUGCAGGGACCAAGUACAGCUUUUCUCUUUUGCCCAUUUUCUAACUGAACACCCACCUCCUUUUCCAUUGUGGGGUCCCUGCCAUAGCUGCAACUUCCUUCUGCAGAGCCCCUCUUGAGCUUCUGAUUUCCUGCAGUUGGCAGACUCUCCAGGAAUUUUGAAUGCUCUCUCUCCCCUUCUCCUUUUUUCCCUGAAGAGCCUACUGACCCAGCAAAAAGCAUGUCUUCGGGGGUUGGAUCCUAGCAGCAGGGGUUGAAAAUGGAGGAAGUGGGAACCCUAGAGUGCUGACCUGCUGAAACCUAAGGUGCCACUCAUUCUUGUAAUACCCUCUCUGACCACUCUUCAAUGGACUUUACCAGUGGGAGGAAAGAUCUUCCCAGACAAGCACCCAAGGUACCCCAGACACGUACCCAAAAUGUGCUAGGAACUCCAUUAAAAGCUUAUUGCCAGUCAUUUUUUGCUCUUUAAAGUUACCAUUAGAGAGAUGGCAACUUUAAAGAGCAAAAAGUGACUGGCAAUCGGCUUUUAUGGAGUUCCUAGACAUUAGCAACCAAAUUUACUUCUCCCCUAAAGGUUCCUUGUUCCUCUGAGCCAUGGCUGAGCUAAAUAAAGCCAAUUUCCCAUUCAGACCCUGGUCUGCACUUCAAAGGAGGGUCAUAAGGCAGGCAAAACUGGGACCCUUCCUUUUUACUAACCUCAUUCUCAAACAGAUAGGAGUCAGGGCACUGGAUACCUUCCUCCAAGACGUAAACUUUCUGCAAUGAAACUGUUGCUAAAAGGAAGUUCAGCACCUUGAACUUUAAUUUACUGCAGUCACUGUGAUGUGUGCCUGCUUUCCCAGGUACUGGGAUACUGGGGUCUGGGCCUUUAGCCCUCUCCUCCCUUCCACCUUACAAGGAUAACACCCUCCAUACAGCCUUACUUCUCUGAUGCUCUAAGUAGUUAUCCUGACUUUCAUGAGGCUGAAUCUGCCACCAACAAUUAGUAAAUCUUCCACUAACACAUGUACUCAGUACCCAAGAGCUUGCUGCUUGUGGUGCUUGAGUCUUCUGAUUCUACUCUUAGAGAAAAGCAGUACAGCAGAGAUUUAUGAAAUAGGACUCUGGGGAAGGAAGAGCCAAUCUCUGACAGAGCCUCCACAGCCCAAGGAGCUUGCCAGCCAGCUCCCUUCCUCUAUGUCAGUCCUGGGUCUGGAGACCAGGCAGCUCUUCUGGAGUAGAACUGGUCAGAUGCAGACAGUCCCACCUCACUUUAUCCAGAGUAGGGGCAGGUGCAGAGAAGGAGUGGCUCCAAGUUGGAACCAAGGGCUGAGGCUCUAAGGGCCAGCUUGUAAGAGUGGAGGGGCUCCCAUAUCCCAAACUUAGACAACAGCCAGGUCAGACUCCAAACCUCUGGUCCCACCCCUUCCUAUCUUC